AUGCGAAGGAAAUUAAUGCCUUUUGGAUGUUGUUUUUUCUUUGGCAGACAACCAUUGUCUUCCUUCAUGCAAUGGAAAGCUCUUUUGACCAUCCACAGCGAUUCAUCCACCUUUCUAAACCAUCAUCACUCUUGUCGAUCGUUUUCAACAAGUUCUCUCUUGACCGCUGGCAAGAAUAAUCUUUUCUUGAAGAAUUGUGGAAUCCCUUCAAUUACCGCAAUAUCAAAUCAACAGAAAGGCCAUAGCGGGGGUAUCACGUUCCAAAUAACGAGGGAAGGUAUUCUUGACAAGCCCAAGGAUAUCAUUGAGGAAUUGGAAAAGAUGUAUUUGACAGGAAAAUUACGUUUAGAUUCUUUGCUCAUUCUCCCACAGAUGUCAUUGGAACAAAAACGAAAACUUUUGGACAACCCUCAAGACUGUCCAUACUGUCCAUCGGUUUUUAGUCAUGAUUCAAAUAGGGAAUACCUUUUAAAACAAUGGAGAAGAUUUGACUUGAUGUUUAAAUGCGGUCUGUCUGAUGCAAUAAUUGUCCGUCCAGAAGAUCAACAGUUUUUUAUGGGCAAAAAAGAAAGAGAGGGAUUUGAUGGAGAACAAUACCUUUUUUUGGAUAUGAUGCAUGACACUCCCAGUGAGGUGAGAAAAGCAUUGUGGAAAGGAUAUAAGGCUUUGACCUCUCCAAUUCAAGAGGAUCCACACCAUACUGAAACAAAGCCAAAUGAACCACACCUUUCCAAGAAGACAAAGUCGUAUGGCGAGGACUUGAGGUCGAGAGAAAACUAUGAACAUUACUGGAAAGGUAUCAAACCAUCAUCUCGUCCAGAUUUUUUAAUUGACCAAAUGGACUACUCGACCCUUGACGUUGUAAAACAGAUUGAUGAUUACCUCCUGUUGAGGUGGUGUCGAUAUUUCAAAAUCGAUUUCCAAUUAAGAAACGUUAAGUCUGUUCACAAGAAUUGUGAAAUAGCUCUAACGGAAUUUCUUGAAGGUGUUUUGAUCUUUAAGGACGGUACUCCUUUUGAAGAGAGGGAAGAGAAAACUCGUGAAAGGAUGAGGCAAUCACUACUUUCGAAGGAAAAGAAGAUUGACACUUUUGGAAAGCAUCUCUCUCUUCGCAAUUAUAAGAGCUUUCCUUUGGGCUUUUUUACAGCUCCUCAUAACAAGGAGAAAGAGAAGAAGCAGGACCUCCCUAUUUGGUGGAAAAUGCAAGAAGAGGUGGGACAUUUGAUGGAUAAAGAAUCACACAUGAAGCUGAGAGGCAAAUACUACAAGCAUGCAGUGCUAUUAUGUUGGAUAAGCAGAGUUAAAAGUUUAGAAGAGAAAAAUAUUUCUGAAAUCAAGAAACUCUUGAUUGAAAAAGAAGAAAAAGAGUUUGAAAGGUUACUUGAAAAGAGUGGAGUACAGGUUGCAGAUGUUGAAGAAACUCUUCACCAAUAG